AUGCCGGUGAAGCAACAUUCCAGCUUACAAAAAAUUCAAUUCAGCCUCCGUUUGGAAACUCGUGAGAAAAAAUCUGCAUCUAUACUGUUUCUGAAAGUGAAUGCAACUGGAGUUGAGAUUUAUCGAUGUGAGAAGAGCUCAAAUGGGUCUGGGAUGAUGAAGUAUACCCAUGUUGGAGCGACUGCAAAACUCUACUCUCCUUAUGGUAAUCAGAAAUAUGUAUCAGUGGGCUACCAUUACUACCUUCCUCAUCCGCUGGCUCAAGGAACUCAGCCCACAUUUUCAUUCAGCGUGGUGGAAGGAGACCCUGUGUCUUCCAUACCCGAGUCAACUGUUACAGUUAGCACAAUCGGUACAGAGAAGGGCAAGAGUGAGGAUGACAUUGAUGAUUUGCUGUUGAAGGGAAUUAGUCAUAGUGGGUAUGGGCAUGCAAGUGAUGUAUCAUAUGUGCAACGCAAGCAUUCCAUGGGCGGAGUCCCCCCACCAUAUUGUGAAGAAGAUGCAAAAGAAAUCCAAGUUUCAUACACUGCACAGUAUUUCUUCUGGUCUCAGGAUGCAUCCCUUGAUGCAGUAGCCAUUCCUUCUGAAAUAAGUACCGAUUCACAAAAUUCAGUCCCUCUUUUGGGGUUUUAUGCAGAAGGAUAUCAGCACUACAGAUUCAAAGGUUCUUCCUGGGUCAUUUUCAAUGCUUCAGCUUUGCUGUAUACUUCACCGGGACAGCAAGUAGCGGGAAGACACUAUUUUCUUUCACAAGUUGAUGAGAAGGGAGGAGAGCCCUCAUGGGAAUUGUUGAUGCCUUCUGGUCUUGGGAAAGUUAUAGUGACUGCAAAAUUAGUGAGUUCAGUUAUAGUAGAUAAAGAUAGUAUCACUUGGAGCAAACUAGAGGUCACCAGUUAUGCUGCUGAUUCUCCUUACAUGUAA